CUGUCAUUAUCAUAAAAUAUGCAGCAUCCACAGACAUCGCCGCGCCGGCAUGAAUGCCGCUCUAAUGUUGUAAAUUGAACUUGCCUCUCCAGUGGAUUGCAGGCUACUUUAAACGCUCAAUUUCUUACGAGAAAAUAAGAAAGGGCUUGUUUCGUUUUUAUUUUUGUCAAGUUGGAAUUACAGGCGUGUCUUUUUUCUGUUUUCUAGUCUAUUUGACGUUGGAAUUUAACCCGGAGUAUGCUUAUAUAUAUUUAAUUGGACUCCCCUUUCGUCUUCGUGUUUCCCCGGUUUGGUCUACAGGCACUCGGUUGUGUCUUUUUAGAAAGCUUUGAAGUCAACAUUAUACAUUUAACCAUGUGGACAUUUCUUGGGAUCGCGAGUUUUACUUAUAUGUAUAAAAAAUGCGACGCUGUAAUGGAUUUUGCCCACAAAGAAAUAGCCCUGGUUGCAGUGGCGUUUAUCUUCGUUGGAUUACUAUUAACGUUUGCCAGGUAUCGUUAUUGGCAAUCAAUGAAAGUUCCGCGCAUAAUACGUUUGCCACUGGAGAUACUAUCAUCCCUUCCAGUCACAAAUAAGUUAUUUUCAAAACCAUCCCAGCCUUCUCAUUGCAGGAAUUCUGCAGGCUCUUCAAAAAAAGCAAGCGCCAGAAGGAAACGAGCAGAGGUGCAGACAGCACCUAGUGUGGAGACCGCGGCAAAUGGCACCUCCGCCUCCGACCCUGAGCCAGAUAUUGUGAUUGUGGGCGCCGGGGUGCUGGGCUCCGCCAUGGCAGCAGUCCUGGCCCGAGACGGCCGGCGGGUGACGAUUAUUGAGAGGGACUUGCGUGAGCCGGACCGGAUUGUGGGAGAACUGCUCCAGCCUGGAGGCUACCGAGCCCUGAAGGAGCUGGGGCUGGAGAGUGCUGUGGAGGGUCUGGACGCUCACGUGGUGAACGGUUACGUGAUCCACGACAUCGAGACCAGCGCCGAGGUGGAGAUCUCGUACCCUCAGGAGGAGAACACCAUCCAGUGCGGGCGAGCCUUCCACCACGGGCGCUUCAUCAUGGGCCUGCGCCAGGCUGCCCUCGCCGAGCCCAAUGUGAAGUUCAUUGAAGGAACUGUGACAAGUCUGGAGGAGGAGGAUGACUGUGUGACAGGGAUCAAGUACAGAGAGAAGGAGAGUGGAGACAUCAAGGAAAUCCAUGCCCCGCUCACUGUGGUGGCAGAUGGCUGCUUCUCCAAGUUCCGCAAGAGCCUCGUGUCUGAAAAAGUCCAGGUCUCCUCUCACUUCGUAGGAUGCAUCAUGAAGGAUUCUCCCCAGUACAAAGCUAACCACGCCGAGUUGGUCCUGGCCGACCCCAGCCCUGUGCUCAUCUACCAGAUCUCGUCCACCGACACCAGGGUGCUGGUGGACAUCAGGGGAGACAUGCCCAGAGACCUGACCGGCUACAUGGCCGACACCAUCUACCCCCAGCUACCAGAACAUUUAAAAGAGCCUUUCAUGGGCGCCCUGCAGAACGAUCGCCUUAGGUCCAUGCCAGCCAGCUUUCUCCCUCCCUCGCCCGUGAACAAACCAGGGGUGCUCCUACUGGGAGACGCCUACAACAUGAGGCACCCACUGACGGGAGGCGGGAUGAGUGUGGUCCUUAACGACGUGCGGAUCUGGAGGGGCCUGCUGCAGAGCAUCCCCGACCUCUACGACGGCGCCGCCAUGCUCCAGGCCAAGAACAAAUUCCACUGGGAGAGGAAGUCUUCCCACUCCUUUGUGGUGAAUGUGUUGGCUCAGGCGCUGUACGAGCUGUUUGCUGCCACUGACAACUCACUGCACGAGCUGAGGCGGGCCUGCUUCCAUUACUUCAAGCUGGGUGGGGAGUGCAUCGCUGGACCUGUUGGCCUGCUAUCUGUGCUGACCCCUAAGCCCAUGACCCUGCUCGGACACUUCUUCGCCGUGGCCCUGUACGCCAUCUACUUCAGCUUCAAGUCCGAGUCCUGGCUCACCAAGCCCCGGGCCUUGGUGAAGAGCUGCGCCAUCCUGUACCGAGCCUGCACCGUCAUGAUCCCCCUUAUCUACUCCGAGUUCAAGUACCUGGUGUUCUGAGUGCCUGCUGGCCCCAUCCGGGCUCAGACACCACACCCACACCCAAACCCAAGGCCUUAGGGAGUUACUGUGUAUGCUGGUUGUUUUUUUGUUUUUCUUCUCUGGUACCAUCCUGAAUUGAUUUGAGGGAAAAGUCUAUUCCGUCUGCUCUAUGUUGAUGUAUAUCUGAAGAGGCCCAUGUCUAUUUAAAGUCUAUACCGUCUGAUCUAUGGUAUAUCUGAAGAGGCACAUGUCUAUUUAAAGUCUAUACCGUCUGCUCUAUGUUUAUGUAUAUCUGAUGAGGCCCAUGUCUACUUAAAGUCUAUACCGUCUGAUCUAUGUCGAUGUAUAUCUGAAGAGGCACAUGUCUAUUUCAAGUCUAUACUGUCUGAUCUAUGGUAUAUCUGAAGAGGCACAUGUCUAUUUCAAGUCUAUACCGUCUGCUCUAUGGGGAUGUAUAUCUAAAGAGGCACAGCUAUGUCCAUUUAAGAGGCUUAUGUUUGCCGGGUGAGUUUAAUUGGUAAUCGUUAGCAUGGUAGUGGACCGAACUGGACAGCGAGUAAAAGCCUAUUCCAGGGAAUGACACACUCACCGCAUUGUCUUUGACUGUAAAACAGAGUCCUUGUCAAUAUCUGUUGCUGACUACCUAGCCAGCAUAUAUUACCUCACACAGUAUUGGCUGUCACACUUACUUGUGUCCCAUUUGUGCGCUCAGUGUCAUUAGUCAAGAGUUAGAUCCGCAUCUGCAUCCCGUGCCUUUCACCCUCUAUAAGACUUCUUCUCAGUCCUGCAGCCAGGUUUUAGGACAGAAAUAUUACUAAUGGAUCUAAGGGCAAGUUAUACAAAGCCCAGACUCGUGCCGUCUUAGUAAUAGGAAAAUCAAUAUUUUAAAAUUACUUCAAACCGCUGUGCCACUAAAUAAAGCCUAUUUUUUUGUCUUAAUGGAUUCAUAUCAAGUAGGGGAGCUUAUUUUUCAGAUUAAGCAUAUUAACACAUUGAGCCCAGAAGUCUGGGUGUGUAUUAAGAAUAGUGGCUGGCAUCUUUUGAAUUCAAUGCACUUGUAUAAAAUGUUUGCACUUAAGAUCCUACUCAGGCAAAAUGUGAUUGUGCUGGAGGAAUUAGUCUGGUACAGUUAUUCAUCAAACAAAAAAAUUGUGGUACCCUGUGCGCUGUUUAACUGCUUUGUACAAUCCUGUGAGACAGUUUUUUUUUCACAUCACAUUUGGUGAUAUUGUCUUAUUCGUUUACGCGUAGUGAAAGAAAAGACACCGGUGAAGUUGUCCAUCACUUUGAGACAUGUGGUGAUGCUGGACGGAGUUUGUGGGAAACUGAGGUGUCUGCGGCGGUCGGUUUGGCCAUUCUGAUGGUCUUAAGGAGCAGGGAGGAAGCAAAUAGAAAGCAAGAACAUGACAAGUGUAUCUACUGUUUGACAAGCAAGUUGAGAAAGAAAGUGGAUGAGUGGAGGAAUUCAGUUUCAGUCAAAACUCGAGAGGCCUUAAAUUAAAAAUGCCUUUGGAAUAUAAUUUCUAUGGAUAUUUGAUUUCUUUUGCCUUAGGGUUGUAUGGAAAGGAUACACAAAGACGUGAACCUUUAUGCAUUUUCAAGGCUUUUCAAUUGGUCCUGUUCUUCAAUUUUGUAAAAAUGCAUAUGGUUGACUGAAUGGUGUUUGGUCAGCAAAAUCAGCACAAUUUUGCUAAUAUUUGCUAUUAUGUGAGAAUAAAUGUGUAUGUUUGAAUUAAAUGUUCAGAUCGUU